CUGACAGGAGGGUCAUUUCCUUGCUUGGAAUCUUUCACAGAAGUGCCUUUUCCUUUUCUCUAGCAUUCCAGUUUUACAGCAUAAUAAUGGGUCUUAGGAUCAUUGUUUUUGUGGUUGUGCUAUUAGGGGUAACUGGGAGCCCCACUGUGACAAUCAGACCCGAAGCUGCUUCGGUGGACAAUUCAACUCAUCCCAACAGGGUACCAGAGACAGCGGGGGAAACACAGAUCUUUGGACAGCAAAAAGUAUUACUAGAAGAGGCUGAGGUGGAUGUGAUGGAGACUGGAGAGCUGAACCCCAAUCACUACCCUGCUCAGAGGGCGGCCAAGGUGGUCCAACACUACCUCAACACCCUCUACGGCUCACCAUACAGGGUGUUUGGACUGCACAGGGUCCACAGUGGGAACGCAGAGGAUUUGGUGAACUCUGGAAGAAAGUAUCAGCUGAACAUCUCAGUGCAGGAGCUCAUUAGCAAUAAAACAGAGAAAUGCUCUGCAGAGGUUUUGUUUCCAAGGGGAGAGCAGCAGCGCUCAUCCCAGGUCCAGGCCUCAUGUGAGGAGCUCCUUAAAAUCAACACUAAAGCUCAAGAAGAGGCCUUGUACCAACAGUACAAGACGAGCCAAAGCGUGCUGACAGCCCAUUUACCUGACAGCUAUGGUCACAUAGACCCUGACAUGGAGCCUUUCUGGCGCCUGGGCACUGUGGCCUCCAGCUUCGUCAUGCUGAAUGAAUCCACUGAAGACACUCUGUACAACAUGGCUCAGGUCGCCAACAUCACGCAACUGGCAACUGAGAACGACCAGCUGAAGUUUGACUAUCACAUACUGCUGCAUGAGAUGGUGUCGCAGGAAAUAAUUCACUGGAAACUGCUGUUCACCUGGUCUCCUGCAGAGGGAGUGAAAGUGCUGCAGAUGGAGCAGCUGCCUCACUGCCAUGACUGUGAAAUACCUCCAACCACAAACUAAACUGCUGACAUUCAUCACACUGUCACUUCAACAGAAAUAAAAUCUUGAUGCUCACAUUCAUUCAUUGGAAACAUGAAUGUGCUUACAAUGAGGAGAUUAGCAGCUGAUGCUUGCAGGUGGAGUUUAUACCAAUCCAUCAUACAUAGUGAUAUGAUAUCUUUUUUAUUUGUUCUGUACCUUUGGUUAAGGGUAUUUUAGCCUAAAUAAACGGAUAAAAGAUA